ACUCGCGAGCGGGGCAGCGCGCGAGCCACAAUCUGCCCAAGGCGCGAGGAGGGAGAGCGUGCACGAGGGGAAGGGACACACGAGCGCUCCGGUGUCGUCGGGCUCAGUCAGAACCAGUUGUGGUGGAGGAACGUGGGCUAUGCGCGCAACGAGAGGGAGCGCAGCGCACAGAGGAGGUGAACGCAUGUAGAGACUCGCAGCCUCCUUCUUUCAAGAGUCAGUGCGCGCAGAGGAGGAGGAGGAGGAGAGGAGGAGAAGCACCCAAACUCCUGGAGAGAGCAGCGUGAGUACAACAGCACCGAGGGGGGACACUUGAGUUUUUUUCUUCCCAUGCUGCGAGAGAAAAUGAAUGCCAGCGACGAGAACCUGCUCAAGUCCAUCAGCAACGACGCGCUCCUCGACCUGACGCAGCGCUACGGACAGUCCGCCUUCGGGUUCGGUCCUGCCCACGGUGCCGGAAGCCCCGCACGGUACCCGCUCACGCCCGCUGCCGACUUCCUCUCCGGGCAGACCGCGAAGUCCAACGAGAGCGGCGGGGAGCACACCAGCGACGACGAGGACGGUUUCGACUCGCUCGGCGGCGCUCGGCGCUCGGGGGACGACAAGCCCGGGGGCCCCCUGACCAAGAAGUCCAAGGAGCAGCGGUCCCUGCGGCUCAGCAUCAACGCGCGGGAGAGGCGGAGGAUGCACGACCUGAACGACGCGCUGGACGGUCUGCGCGCCGUCAUCCCCUACGCCCACAGCCCCUCGGUGAGAAAACUCUCCAAAAUAGCCACCCUCCUCCUGGCCAAGAACUAUAUCCUCAUGCAGGCUCAGGCUCUGGAGGAGAUGAGGCGGCUGGUGGCGUAUCUGAACCAGGGACAGACCAUAACUUCGCCGAUCCCCACCGCCCUGGCUCCCUUUGGACAGGCCACCGCCGUCUACCCGUUCACGGGCUCCGCUCUCGCCACCUGUGCCGACAAGUGCACCCCUUACUCCGGGACACCGUCGAGUCUCUUCAAACACUGCAACGACAAGCCUUGAUGUGGCUCCUCUCUCUUUCUUGAACUUUUUACCUGUCCACUGCACCCCCCACAUCUAUCUCUCUCUCUCUCUCUCUAUCUAUCUCUCUCUCUCCCACUCGAGUUAUUUUCAAAUCAUUCUGUGUGGAAAAUAAUAAAAAAACAAAAAACAUUUUAGUCGAAUGCAUAUAAUCUUAAAAUAUGGUUAAGUAACGACGCUGCGAUGUUUCAUCCGGAUUUAACAGACGCUACAAAACUAAUUGUUUAGGCCUCCUGAUAAGUUGCUGUACUUUACAAACACUGCAGGCCAAUGUCCAGUUUUUUAUAAGUUUGGGUAAAUUUCAGUAUUGUUCUGUCAUCAGCUCUUAUUUGUAAUCUAUGCAACAUCCAAUAACAACUAUAGGAAACGUAGAAUUGCGCACUAAGCUCCACAUCUGAAUUUAAUCCAGCAAUUAUGAAAGACUUUCCCUCGACUGACUGCACUGAUACGAGGAGGGAAAAAAAACAAAUGUCAUGUUGGCUGAUAUAUUUUCUGAAUCGACGUGUUAACAAGGUUGUUUUUUAUUUAUUAUUAUUUAAGUUAUUGCACAUUUCACAUGAUUGUAUUGUACAACUGUGGGAAAAAAAUCAAAUUGCUCCAAGCCCGGCUAUUCUAAUGGUUGUAUAUAGUCUACAACGUACAGACUGAAGAAGCGUUUUGGUUGUGUUGCAACAUGGAUUUCAUAUAUUGUUUAUAUGUCUUUAUAAUUAAAACACAUAUCUAUG